CGGGACCACAAGUCAUUGACGGCCGUGGUAUCAGUAGUAGUAAAACCGUGUAGCUUGUAGCGGCCGUGGAAAGCAGCGCACCACGCCAAGCUCUGUUGCGUGUUCUGCUUCUCCUGCCUUUCACUUGUUCCUGAUAGAUCUGGAGCUUCCUAGUUCCUGGUGGACGGGCGCGCACGGGGUGAGGAUACUGAGAGAUCUGGUGUUCCUGCUAAGCUAGGUAGGUGGAGGGAAGAUAGAUGAGCUCUUGGGAGAGGGAAAUGGCACAACCGCGGACCAGCCAGACAGGACAUCGUCAUGGAUCCAGAUUUGAGGAGACGCGUGAGCGUUUGUCAUCUCUGAUCCCCCGAAAUCCCUUCGAGCUAAAAAUGCGCGAUUGCUACUGGAUGCUUCUCGCUGAGUCGUCCACAGACAGAUUUGUCAUCCUUCAAGGGUGUAGGUUUGCUGAUCAGAUGCCCAACGAUGAAUUCAAGCUUGUUGCUGCUGGAAACGUGGACUCCGAUUGGUACACAGUUUAUUGGCUCGGGGCAAAAGAUCUAGCACGCGUGGUUCACAAAAUCAUGAUGAGGAAGAAAAGAAACGAAGCAAAUGAUUCAGAUAUCGUGCAGAAAUGUGCCUUCCACGGCCUUCUCAUUUACGAUCUAGUUACCGACAUCUUCGGCUUGCGUCGUCCUAUGCGUUUGGUUCCACCGUUGCUGGGUUUGGAAAUGCAGAGUUUGGGGUCGGAGAUGCAGAUGCUAUCGCGAGUUCUUGAGCCGCCGAGUGUACUUGCCGCGGCCUCGCGGUUAAUGAUAGCUCAAGGCCCCCUCGGCACAGUUGCAUCUUCCUCUGCUCCUUGGGUGGGCUACCGUCCAUGGGCUGCAGUCGGAUGCACCCCCCGUUAUUUGAUUGAAUCGUUGGUCUGGCCUUUGUUUUUGGUCCUGUUUUGGCGGUCUGUGUGGCGUCUCAGAUCGUCGGCCGACUAUGACUUGGAGGCAGCAGGACAAGCUCAUCGGAUUGGCGGUGGUGCUGCCGCUCCAGUUCAACAACCAUCGGUGGGCUACCGUCCAUGGGCUGCAGUCGGACGCACCCCCCGUUAUUUGAUUGAAUCGUUGGUCUGGCAUUUGUUUUUGGUCCUGUUUUGGCGGUCUGAAUAUGACGUGCGGCGUCUCAGAUCGUCGGCCGACUAUGACUUGGAGGCAGGAGGACAAGCUCAUCGGAUUGGCGGUGGUGCUGCCGCUCCAGUUCAACAACCAUCGGAGGUUUCCCAAAGGCUUGAUGCUGUUAUGGUGCAAGCUUAUGCCGCGUUCAUACCCGUGUGCGUGACGGCGUACCCUCUGUUAAAGGAUGCUCCUGACUACAUCAAGUUCAUAAUUUUUGGAGGUCUGGCCUUCACCAACCUGGGCCUGUUCGUCGGGAUCCUGUCCAACUCUGUGGCUCGCCGCGGGCUGGCCAUCCGCCUGGUCUCGUUUUCGGCUAUCGCUGUCCUGACGUUCUGCGUCGCGUCUCAGCUCUCUUCACGUAUCUACGUCGCUCUCACUGCACUUGUUGGUGUGGUGCUAAACUUGAUCAUUAUGCUGCUGCCGUUCUAGGUGAGGUAAUACAAGGCCAAUUAUACAAACUGGAGUAUGUUUUUUGUACAUAUUAAGGUAUAGAUUCGAAAUAGUCUUUUUUUUAGCUUAGCCCAAUUCAUGCAUGAUUCCGGAUAAUCCUCUUAGUUGGAAAACUAAAUAGUUCGAAAUGUGUUCUGGCCUCUGGGGACGACAUCGGCAUCUAUUGGUUAGAUAGCACAAUGUGUUUUAUGUGUGAAGUACUGAAAUCCAUUCGCUUAAUGUCAAAUUGAGGCUUAACAAACA